AAUAAGGCCGUUGGUCGCCGUCUGUUAGAAGAUAGUGGUGCUUUGUGCAGGGAGACUGGCAAGGGUCCCCUGGCUGAUAACUAUUUAGGCUUGAGUCUGUGCAGCCCCUCUCGGCGCCUGCGUGAGAACCCCUUGGAAUUUAAAAGCAGCAAGCGAGAGCGCGCCUCGGCCACCGUACUAUGGGUUUACGGGAACUCGUAGGGGACAAAAUUCCUCACCCUUUUCCGAGGGCCGGUGUUCCCACGGUUGAGGCAAUAAUUAAAAGAAGCGAUGAAACUAUGUCCACGGUAGGGAGGGGCCCCGGUUAGAAUGAGGGGAAUAAAGAGGAUAUCCUUAGGGGGAUGAUGGGUGAGGACCUACCGCAUAUGAGCGUGGCGACGGCCGAAGACACUGAGGGACUGUCGGGUGAAUUCGCACUAAGGGAAGAUUGGACGAUACCACCUACGGGAGGGGGUCGGGGCGAUACCACUUUAAGAGUGUGAGAGGGGUGGCAAGGGACCGAGAACUGGAAGGUGCCGCUGACGGUGGCAGGGCGCGUGCGGGAACGCCAAGGGACGGGACAGUUGCCCACAGCCCCGCUUUCCUUCCCCAGCCGUCCUUCGGCCAUGAGCGGUCUAGUGCGGACCGAGCCGCUGCUCUGGGAGCCGCCUCUGCUGGUGCGCGGCGACCCCUACUCGGUGGUGGUCCUGAUGCAGGGAUACUCCGAGCCCGAGGGGGUGGGAGACGCGGUGCGCGCUGACGGCACCGUAACAUUGAUUCUGCCUCACGCCUGGGGCUCGGCCUCCAGCCACCGAGAGUCCCAGCCUGAGGGCGGCUGGGCGAAGACCCCCCUGGAGGAGGCAGCUCGCGGCCCCAUCCUCGUGGACACCGGGGGCCCCUGGGCCCGGGAGACACUCCUGGGGGCCCUGGCGCGGCAGGGCGUGGCCGCCGGAGACGUGACUCUGGUGGUGGGCACCCACGGACACUCGGAUCACAUCGGGAACCUGGGGCUGUUUCCUGGGGCGGCUCUGCUGGUCUCGCACGACUUCUGCCUCCCCGGGGGCCGCUACCUCCCCCACGGGCUAGGCGAGGAGCGGCCCCUGAGGCUGGGGCCUGGGCUCGAGGUGUGGGCCACGCCGGGCCAUGGGGGCCAGAGGGACGUGAGCGUGGUCGUGGCGGGCACGGCCUUGGGUACCGUGGUGGUGGCGGGCGAUGUGUUUGAACGCAAUGGAGACGAAGACUCGUGGCAAGCGCUGAGCGAAGAUCCGGUGGCCCAGGAGCGGAGCCGGAAGAGGGUCCUAGGCACAGCGGACGUGGUUGUGCCUGGUCACGGAGCCCCCUUUAGGGUGGUCAGGGAAGCCCCUCCGCCAACUAACUGACGUCCAGGAGACCAGAGGACCCAGUCAGCUGAGUCGGAGGAAUCAGGGGUGAUCACUUAACAGCUCUUGCAAGAAGCCGGUUUUCCAGCAAGGACAAUCACUGAUCUCACUGUUUCUGCAACCAAACUAGAACCAAGGACUGGUUUAGCCAUAUGCCACCUCUUUAGGCCUCCGUAAAAUGGGAGAAUGUUCUUGGGAGAGUCGUCCAAAAUAAAAACAGAAAACUGCAUGGAAACUCAUA